UCAAGCUUGAAAUAUAUUCGGGCCUCUAAUGUCCCUUACGCUUGCAGGAAAAUCUGUGAUCCACAUCUGACUACGUUCGAGCCGGAGGCUCUAGGUAAUUUAGUCGAGGGAAUGGAUUUCCACAAAUUUUACUUUGAUAAUGGUAAUUACGACUCAUUUGCAUCACUCAGUCCUGGGGAAGAAUUGCAAAGCCGUGAACACGACGAUCCUGAACCCCCACGUGCACUUGCUGGGCGAGGACGCCGCGUGCAUCGCGUACGUCAGACUGACACAGUACAUGGACAAGCAAGGCGUAGCGCACACCCACCAGAGCGAGGAGAGCCGCGUGUGGCACAAGAGGGACAACAAAUGGCAGAACGUGCAUUUCCAUCGAAGCGCGGUCACAGGCCCGUCGCCGUUCACCUACAAUCACAAAACAUUUCCUGCAUGAAACACAACGUGCUCGAUGGAGAACGUUAUCAAAGAAUUCACACGGAUGAAGAGAGAAGACAGAACAAAACCAUCGUGCAACUC